AUGGGCGGCGUCGGCGCCGCCUCGCUCGCCCUGCUGCUGUUGCGGCUGCUGCUCAUCCUCCUCCGCCGCGCGGAGGCCUCCGCUCUCCACGCUACUAUAUUUCCUAGCCCAGCACCGAGUCCAUCAAUCCCCCCUGAAGCGAGAUCGUCUGGACCUCGAAUUUCCCCUUCGUAUCCUCCAAGGGCACUGCCUCCAAGAUCUCCUGGCUUUGCUAUGCGCCAUCAUUUGCACAAGCACCUGCACCACAGAGAGUCAAAUCAGGGCCCUUCACCGUCAUCAUCACCCCCACCUGAAGGUUGUUCUAGCUAUAUUUGCACCGAGCCACUGACUGCAACACCAAUUGGUUCCCCUUGUGGCUGUGUCGAGCCUAUUAGUGUUAUUGUUGAUCUGGACUUAGCUCCUUAUCUACUGUUCAUGAGCAUAGCUGAGUUAGAAGUUGAAGUUGCAGCUGGGACAUUUCUUAAACAAAGCCAGGUGAAGAUCAUGGCUGCAGUUGCAAGUAUCCAGGAUGACCAGAAGACACGGGUGACCAUUUAUUUGGUGCCACUAAGAGAACAGUUUGAUACUUAUACGGCAUCCCUAAUAUCUGAUAGGUUCAGGGAUAAAAAGGUUCAGAUAAAUUCAUCUAUAUUUGGAGAUUACAAAGUUAUCAAUAUCAGCUAUCAUGGAUUGCAAUCCCUGCCAUCAUCUUUGCCUGGAGGAUCGGAUCCUUCAGGAGCCGAAGAUCCUAUAACUGCGCAGGUGCCCGGUCAGAAGAAAAAGCACAAGAAAUCAGAUAUUUUGAUCAUUGUGGUAGUGCUAGUGUCUUCUUUUGGACUUCUGUUGACAUGUGCUGCUGUCCUGAUCUUACUAGUAAGAUGGAAGAAACUUGGCCGGCUUCAUGAGGCUAUGAGCCCUGCAACUACCCCAGCAGUUAAUAGAAGAUAUGGCACUAGAUCAACUUUGUCAACCAGCAUGGUGAGCUCUGCGUCAGCAUCAGUGUUUUCAACAAUGGCUACUUGCACAACAUCUGUAAAGACAUUUUCACUAGCCCAACUUCAGAAGGCCACAGAUGGUUUUGAUUCGAAAAGAGUUUUGGGUCAAGGGGGCUUCGGGCGUGUCUACCAUGGGACGAUAGAGGAUGGAAACGAAAUUGCUGUUAAAUUGCUUACAAGGGAGGACAGGAGUGGUGACCGUGAGUUUAUUGCAGAGGUGGAAAUGCUCAGUCGACUGCACCACCGUAAUCUUGUCCAAUUGAUUGGUAUUUGCAUUGAGCGGAACAAAAGAUGUCUUGUGUAUGAGCUCAUACGCAACGGAAGUGUGGAUUCCCAUCUUCAUGGUGCUGACAAGGCUCAGGGUAAGCUGAACUGGGAUGUUAGGAUGAAAAUUGCUCUUGGGGCUGCUCGAGGCUUAGCGUAUCUGCAUGAAGAUUCAAACCCUCAUGUCAUACACCGUGACUUCAAGGCCAGCAAUAUAUUGUUAGAGGAAGAUUUCACUCCCAAAGUUACUGAUUUUGGUUUAGCAAGGGAAGCAUCCAAUGCAACUCAACCUAUAUCUACCAGGGUAAUGGGUACUUUCGGCUAUGUUGCUCCAGAAUAUGCAAUGACGGGUCAUCUUCUUGUUAAGAGCGAUGUCUACAGUUAUGGGGUUGUCUUGUUGGAACUUUUAUCGGGAAGGAAGCCUGUAAGCAUCUCUGAGUCCAAGGAUCCUGAGAACCUUGUAACCUGGGCCCGUCCUCUGCUAAGCCAUAAGGAAGGCCUGGAGAAGUUAAUUGAUCCUUCUCUGGAUGGAAAGUUCAACUUUGACAAUGUAGCUAAGGUGGCAUCCAUUGCUUCCAUGUGUGUGCACACGGAUCCAUCACAGAGGCCAUUCAUGGGUGAAGUUGUCCAGGCACUGAAGCUUAUCUACAAUGAUCCAGAUGAGGCUUGUGAUGAUUCCUACAGUCCAAGGAAUUCAUCUGAUCAAGAGGGUGACUACGAAGGAUACCUAGUCUUUGAGAGUGGAAGCUGGGGGUUUGAGGCCUCUGGGUGUCUAGACUACCGGAAUUCCUUACCGUUUGUUACUAUGGACUACAGUUCUGGCCGAAUAGAAGGACUGCAUGACCCUCGCGCAGCAUUGUCAGCGGGACCCCAUGUCCAGUCACCAGUGCUGCAGAAUAGAUCAGGCCCCUUGCGGAUGAAGAAAAAGCUGGCCUCCUUUUACCGCUCUAGAGGCAGCAUUAGCGAGCAUGGGCACCUGCCGCACCAUUGA